GCGUGAUUCUGGCCCCUGUGUGGGGAUGGUUCUGGCCCCUUCAGCCAGGGUGGUUCUGGAAGCUAUAGCCGGGAUUGAAGCCCCUUUACCGAGGGGGUUCUGGCCCCUUUAACCCGGGUGGUUGUGGCAGCUGUAGCCGGGAUUAAGGCCCCUUUACCGGGGAUAGUUCUGGCCCCUUUAACCCGGGUGGUUGUGGCAGAUGUAGCCGGGAUUAAGGCCCCUUUACCGGCAUGGUUCUGGCCCCGCAGCCGGGAUUGAGGCCGCUUUAGCUGGGCUAGUUCUGGCAGCUUGAGCCGGGCUGGUUCUGGCACCUUUAGCCGGGAUUGAGGCCGCUUUAGCCCGAGUGGUUCUGGCCCCUUGAGCCGGGCUGGUUCCAGCACCUUUAGCCGGGAUUGAGGCCGCUUUAGCCCGGGUGGUUCUGGCCGCUUUAGCCCGGGUGGUUCCGACGGCUUUAGCCGGGACUGGGGCCGCACCCGGGCUCCGCUGCUGCUCCAGCCCUGUCGGUGUUUUCCCGGCUGCUCUGGAGGUGUGAGCAGCCGCCCUGUUCCCCGGCAGGUACUGCAGGUGUGCUGACCAUGCUGCCGCUGCUCCCGCCCGUCUCCGAGACCCCUCUGGAGGAGCAGUUUUAGGGUUUGCUGUGCAGAUCCAUGGACCUGGACCCCCAUGCCAGCAUGCAGGUGGGGAUGAGGGUAGUCCGUGGAGUGGACUGGAAGUGGGGCAGCCAGGACAGCGGCGAGGGCAACGUGGGCACCGUGGUGGAGAUCGGCCGGACGGGCAGCCCCACCACGCCCGACAAGACCGUGGUGGUGCAGUGGGAUCAGGGCAACAGGACCAACUACCGCACGGGCUUCCAGGGGGCCUACGACCUGCUGCUCUAUGACAACGCCCAGAUAGGUGUCCGUCACCCCAACAUCAUCUGUGACUGCUGCAAGAAGCACGGCAUCCGAGGCAUGAGGUGGAAAUGCAAGAUGUGCUUUGACUACGACCUGUGCACCCAGUGCUACAUGAACAACAAGCACGACCUGUCGCACUCCUUCGAGCGCUACGAGACCGCUCACUCCCAGCCGGUCCUCGUGAGCCCUCGGCAGAAUCUGACCCGCAUCACCUUAAAAGGGACUUUCCAGGGGGCUAAAGUGGUCCGUGGGCCUGACUGGGAGUGGGGUAACCAGGAUGGGGGUGAGGGUAAGACUGGCCGCGUGGUCGACAUCCGCGGCUGGGACGUGGAGACCGGCCGCAGCGUCGCCAGCGUCACCUGGGCAGAUGGAACCACCAACGUCUACAGGGUGGGCCACAAGGGGAAAGUGGACCUCAAAUGUACUGUGGAGGCUUCUGGGGGCUUCUACUACAAGGAGCACCUCCCAAAAUUAGGGAAGCCAGCUGAGCUGCAGAGGAAGGAGAGCACAGACAGGCAUCCCUUCCAGCACGGGGACAAGGUGAAGUGCCUGCUGGACAUCGACAUCCUGCGGGAGAUGCAGGAGGGCCACGGGGGCUGGAACCCCAAAAUGGCUGAGUUCAUUGGGCAGACAGGGACCGUGCACAGGAUCACGGACAGGGGGGACGUGAGGGUCCAGUUCAACCCUGAGACCCGCUGGACUUUCCACCCUGGAGCCCUGACCAAGCUCAACACCUUUUGGGUUGGUGAUGUGGUCCGGGUGAUAGAUGAUAUGGAAACAGUGAAGCGGUUCCAACCUGGUCAUGGGGAGUGGACAGAUGAGAUGGCACCUACCCUGGGGCACAUUGGGAAGGUGAUCAAGGUCUAUGGGGAUGGAGAUCUGCGAGUGUCAGUGGGGGGACAGUCCUGGACCUUCAACCCUGCCUGCCUGACAGCCUACCAGAGGGAGGAGGAGGCCAACCUGAUGACCACAGAGAGUGCCAAGGAGCCCAAAAGUACUUUGGUGACUGUCCUGGAGAAGCUGCUGUCCCAGAGGACAGAGUCAGAGCAUGCAGGGUGCCUGGUCAUUUGUGCAGCCCUCAACAACGCAGCCAAAGUCCGAGAGCUCCUCCAGAAAUACCCAGACAAGGUGGAUGCCAAGAACCAGGGCAGGACUGCCCUGCAGAUUGCCUCUUACCAGGGGCACCUGGAGGUGGUGAAGACUCUGCUGCAGGCGCACGCCAACGUCGACCUGCGUGACGACGAGGGGGACACGGCGCUGCACUACGCAGCCUUUGGAAACCAAGCUGAAGUUGCCCGUGUGCUGCUGGCCAAGGGGGCCAGUGCAGACCUGCUGAACAAUGCCAAGUGCACAGCCCUGUACGUCGCUGUCAGCCAAGGCUUCACCGAGGUGGUGAGAGCCCUCUGUGAGCUCAACUGUGAUGUCAACCUCCCAGAUUCCCAGGGAGACACCCCCCUGCAUUAUGCUAUCACCCUGGACUACAAAGUUGUGAUCGAGAUUCUCACUGAAGUUCCCAACAUCGAUUUCACUGUCCAGAACUGUCAAGGCUUCAACCUGCUCCACUAUUCUGCCCUGAAAGGCAACAAGCUAGCCAUAAAGAAGAUUCUGGCCAGGGCUCGACAGCUGGUGGAUUCCAAAAAGGAAGAUGGAUUCACUGCCCUGCACCUCGCUGCUCUCAACAACCACCUGGAAGUGGCUGAAAUUCUCAUCAAAGAGGGUCGCUGUGACGUGAACGUGAAGAACAGCAGGAAGCAGAGCCCGCUGCACCUGGCGGUGAUCCAGGGCCACGUGGGCAUGGUGCAGCUGCUGGUGAGCCAGGGCAGCGAUGUCAAUGCUGAGGAUGAGGAUGGGGACACCGCCAUGCACAUUGCCCUGGAGCGCCAGCAGCUCAUGGCCCUGGCCCUGGAGAAGAGGGACGGGGACAUGGGAGCCACCCUCCUGGCCAAGCUGCAGGCUUCUGGCUUCCUGGGAAAUGUGGAGCUGAACGUGGGGACUGCCAUUGCCUGCUACUUAGCACAAGAAGGAGCAGACAUUAAUUAUGCAAAUCAUCGGGGAAAGUCUCCUUUGGACCUCAUCACAGAUGGAAGGAUUGUCCAGAUCAUCAAAGACUUCUCACAGAAAUUCAGGGAUCAGCAGGUUUCCUCUGAGAGCUCCACCAUCACCUGCAGCCUUCGCCGUGUGCACACCACGCCCAACACCAUGACCAACCUCAGCGUGUCCAGCGUGGCAGUGCCCACAGAGUGCCUGGUCUGCUCAGAGCUGGCCUUGCUCAUCCAUUUCUUCCCGUGCCAGCACAGUAUUGUGUGUGAAGAAUGCUCCAGGAGGAUGAAGAAGUGCAUCAAAUGUCAAGUGACAAUAACCAAAAAGCUGAAACAAGACAGCACGGAGGUGGAGUGCAGCCCCAGCUCGGAGUGCACGGAGCAGAGGAAGCUGAUGGAGGAGCUGCAGAGCCGCUACCGGCAGAUGGAGGAGAGGAUCACCUGCCCCAUCUGCAUCGACGACCAGAUCAAGCUGGUGUUCCAGUGCGGGCACGGCUCGUGCCCAGACUGCAGCACGGCGCUGACCGUGUGCCCCAUCUGCCGCCAGGCCAUCCGCGAGAGGAUCCACAUCUUCGUCUGAGGAUGCUCCUCCUCCCCAGCCCUGUGUCCCAUCUGCCCGGGAGAGGAUCCCCAUCUUCCUCUGAGGAUGCUGCUCCUCCCUGUGUCCCAUCUUCCGGGAGAGGAUCCACAUCUUCCUCUGAGGAUGCUGCUCCUCCCUGUGUCCCAUCUUCCGGGAGAGGAUCCACAUCUUCCUCUGAGGAUGCUCCUCCUCCCCAGGCCUGUGUCCCAUCUGCCGGGAGAGGAUCCACAUCUUCGGCUGAGGAUGCUGCUCCACCCCCAUCUGCCUCCAGGCUGUCCGGGGGAGGAUCUGUGCACAUCUUCCUGUGAGGAUGCUGCUCCUUCCUGGCCCUGACUGUGUCCCAUCUGCCGGGAGAGGAUCCCCAUCUUCCUCUGAGGAUGCUGCUCCUCCCUGUGUCCCAUCUGCCGGGAGAGGAUCCCCAUCUUCCUGUGAGGAUGCUGCUCCUCCCCUGCCCUGUCCUGUGCCCCAUCUGCUGCCAGGCCACCCGAGAGAGGAUCCCCAUCUUCGGCUGAGGAGGCUGCCCUGCCCUCCCUGCCCUCCGCAGGGGUUUGGCUCCCUGGGAAAAGCAGGGAAGCACAGGAGGGAUGUGCCAGAGGAGGAGGAGGAAGAGGAGUCCCCUCUGGGGUGUCCCAGGGCAGGGACAGCCCCUCCCUCAGCUGUGCUGCACAUCCACCGCCACCACCGGACCGACCACGCUGCAGAGCUGGGCUGAGACACCCUGGGGUGCUCCAGAGCUGGGCUGAGACACCCUGGGGUGCUCCAGAGCUGGGCUGAGACACCCUGGGGUGCUCCAGAGCUGAACAGAUCCCUGGAAUGUUCCAGAGCUGAGCAGAUCCUGGAAUGUUCCAGAGCUGAGCAGAUCCUGGGGUGCUCCAGAGCUGAGCAGAUCCUGGAAUGUUCCAGAGCUGAGCAGAUCCUGGGGUGCUCCAGAGGCAUCCAGGAGUGCUCCCAGCUCCCCUCAGCUGUCCCAGGUGCCAGGGACAGGGAGGUGAUGUCCCCUCAGAGCCCCCUCUGCACCCCUGGGGCUCGGCAGCAGAGCUGGAUGUCAGGAGUCCUAAAGACAGAGUGUGUGCCUUAGAGAAAAAGUAGUGAACACUGAUUGGAGAAAAUCUGUUACAACAAAUAUUUCUGACCUCUAAGUGACACUCUUCUUCUUCUUCUUCUUCUUCCAUAUUUUGUUUUAUUUUUUUGGCAGAGCCGUGUGUCCAGAGACUCCUGAGCUUUCUAUCCAUAAUGCCAAAGGCAGGUGUUAAAUACUCCAAUCAAAGGGUAAAGAAAAUAAACAGUAAUAAUUAAGAUAUGAGGGGGAGGAGGAAAAAAAAAAAAAAGGGAUUUCAUUUUUGUUUCUUUGUUUUGCAGCAAAACUUAAUAAAAUAAAAAUAUAUAUUUUCCUGAGCAUUAAAAAUGAAUGUACAAACUGUAGCUGUAUUGUUUUCCAGCUGAGUGAAGAAUUAUUACCCACUCAGUCAUCCUGUAAAGUAAAUUUUGGUGGAAGUGUGGCUGUUUGUCUGGGGUCUGAUGACAAAACCUCCUGUUUGUUACAUAUUGGAAGCAAUAUUUAAACAAAACAAAACAAAA